AUGGUCUCAUCCCCCGAAUCUCUUGACAACUCGUCUAAGAAUAAACGGAAAUCCAACGUUGCCGGCCUACAAACCUCCUCCCGUCCAGUCAAGAGAAGAGCUUCAAAGGCCUGCUGUUGCUGUCGAGCCCGCAAAGUCCGUUGUGAUGUGGUUGAGAAUGGCUCUCCAUGUACCAAUUGUCGCUUAGAUGAUGUCGAUUGUGUCGUUGCAGAGAGUAAACGGAAGAAGAAACACCAUGUUGAGGCCCCAGCGGAAGCUUCAAGAGAUUCAUCGAUAGACCAUUCAUUUAUAUUUGCCAAUAAGGCCGAUUCUAACAACCCGUUCCCAUCCAUCUCCGAUCAAUGGCCAUCUGUGCUUCCAGGAAGAUACCCAGAGAAUGAGCACCAUGUACCGCAUCUGAUAUAUCAAACACAGAGAAGACAGCGCGUGCAGGAAGAAGAAAGACGAAGACGACUAUCGAGCAGCACAGCUAUCAAUUCUCCAUUCCUCUACAGUAUUCCCUCUCAAGCUGCUGCUACCCCUACCAUGUCUAGCAGCUUUGGACAAAUACAGUCACCGCCGCCUCGACCUUCUUCUAGAACAACUCUUCCGGACUACAUCCGGCCCCUUCCCGGUAAAUUCAUGGCAGAGGAUAUCGACUAUCUGGAUCGAAAAGGGGCCUUGACUAUUCCUAGUGACUCUCUUCGAAACGAGCUGCUUAAGAGUUAUAUUCAGUAUGUGCAUGCAUACAUGCCUUUACUUGACUUGGAUGAUUUCCUGCGUGUUAUAGUACGCAACGAUGCAUCGGGGGGGUUGAGUCUUUUGCUGUUCCAGGCCGUCAUGUUUGCCGGAACCGCAUUCAUAGGCAUUAGGCACUUGCAAGCUGCUGGAUUUGAGUCGCGGAAGGCCGCUCGCAAAGCAUUCUUUCAAAGGGCUAGGCUUCUCUAUGACUUUGAUUACGAGUCUGAUCGGAUAUCUCUGGUCCAAUCGUUACUCUUAAUGACACAUUGGUAUGAAAUGCCAGAUGACCAGAAAGAUACAUGGCAUUGGAUGGGCGUCAGCUUAUCCCUAGCUCAUACCAUCGGCCUUCACAGAGACCCAACAUCUUCAAACAUGAAUCCAAAGCGGCAGAAGCUCUGGAAGAGGAUAUGGUGGAGCACAUAUACCCGAGACCGGCUCAUUGCUCUGGGUAUGAGAAGGCCUACGAGAAUCAGAGAUGAAGACUGUGAUGUUCCCCUGUUGACGGUGGAUGAUUUUGAAAUUGCACCGUUCUCCGCCGAGGUUCUUCAGGUCAUUGGGGAUUGCGAACUAACGCAUAAUUGCGAAUAUCAAAAGGACCUUGCGAUGAUGUUCAUUGAGAAGACGAAAUUAUGUCUUUGUAUCAGCCACGUCCUAUCAGCACAGUACUCCGUUCUUGGCCAUAGGUUGGGCGGCACAACUGAAACCACUAUGAUGCUAGUGCCGAAGAAGACCGCAACAGAAGCUUGCGAGGUCAGGGCUUGUGAUAUUGCGUUGGACAGUUGGAAGUCCGGGCUACCAGAUGCGGCGGUUUACCGCCCUGCGACCUCAUGGAACCUUACCCAGGGAGAGGAGGUGCUUCAGCUUCAUCGUAAUCUGCUUCAGAUGAUAUAUCUAACUACGCUGAGCGCUCUGCAUCGACCGCAGGUUCUACCUGCUAAUUCCCUUCCUACGGUGGAAGCAGAAUUGCAAUCAUAUUCUCGAGCAAAAGUCAGACAUGCGGCGGUGGAAAUCACAAAGGUUGCCCAGGAGCUGCACAGUCUCGAUUUAACCCGUUAUCUACCAACAAGCGGUGUCACCGUUCUUCUUCCAGCCGUCAUUAUACAUUUACUCGAUAUAAAAUCGAGCGAUUCGAACAUACGGUCCGCCAGCCUUGGACGAUUCUACCAAUGCAUGCAGAUUCUACAGCGCUUGCGUGAAAUCUACGCAUCCGCGGAUUUUGCAACCUCGUUCCUCGAAGCUGCCAUGCGAAAGGCAGGCGUUCACAUAUCGAUGGACCUAGUAGAUCAGGAGAAACAGCAGAAAGCUAAACCAGAACCACCGGCAAACACCCUCACACCUCCACCGGACGCCAGUCCAGAAUGCUUCAUAGACCCAGCGUUAUCUGAUCUUGGUAACUUCGAACAACCCAUUGAUACCAAUGCCGUGGGCAUCGUUGUUUCAACCCCACCGCAUUCCACAAGUAGCGAGAACGGAAGCCUUCAAAAUAUAAACCAGGAUACAACUAUAGAAAAUAUUUUGAAUGCCGGUACGGAUCCUGUGGAACCUAGCCUGGCCGAAUUCAUGACUCUUGCGCACGAAGUAGAUAUCACCCAGAGCGAUCUGGAUGCAUUGAUCAACUUUGAAGAAAACGCUGUUACGGACUUUUUUACGACAGACGAUGUAGGCAACAUUGAUCUGUCACUACCUGAGAUUGGAAAUGAUUUUAUCAAGGGAGAGUUUGAUGAUAAUGAUAAAAAAUUAGACGAGCUCAAGGAAGUGGAGAAUACAGAUUUGACAAUGGAUAUAGACAGACAGACUUGGCUUCAUGAACCUUAG